UUAUUAGGUUUAGGUUAAGAGUGGGGAAAAAAAACGAAGCAGUGAGACAGUGAGAAGAAGAGAAAUCGCGAUGAAGAAAAGGGGAAGGAAGUCUAAGAAACCAGAAGAAAAAAGAGCUGAAUACGACCCGAGUUCGAUUCUUCCUCUGGAACUGAAAAUAGAGAUUCUCAUGAAGUCACCGCCGAAAUCCAUAGCCAAGCUAGGUUUCGUUUCAAAUCAUUGGUCAUCGAUAAUCCGCGGCCAAGUUUUCACCGACUUGUACAUGAGACGAUCUUUGGCUCAUCCACGACUUCUUUUCUCAGUGUACCGUCCCAACAUGCAGAUGCAGUUCUUUCACUCCUGCUCUCAGGAAGAUCCGUCUUCUGAUCAUCGUAGCGUCAGUUACACUCUGAAUUCAGAUCUACGGUACUCAUUUUCUCCACCCAUCGGCGGUUUGAUAUUCGGUCAAAACAAUACUAAAGCUAUGAUUGGAAACCCUAGUACGGGUCAGUUUGUACCUUUACCUAGAAUCAAAACGCAGAGAAAGCACAUUUUCUCCAUUUUUGGAUAUGAUCCAGUUAAUGAUUUGUACAAAGUCUUGUGUAUGACGGUAAGAACUCUACGUGGACCACAUUAUUUUAGAUGGGAAGAUCCUAUGUGGGAGGAGCCUAUGACAGAGGAGCAUCAAGUUUUCACGCUAGGACCCAAACAAAAAUGGAGAAUGCUCGAAUGUAAGUAUCUACAUCGUCAUCAUUCUGGAUCUCAAGGGAUAUGUAGAGAUGGGGUGAUGUAUUAUUUAGCUUCUUUCAACGAUAAACGAUCUCUGAUGAGCUUUGAUCUGAGCUCUGAAGAAUUUAAUGUUACUAAGCUACCUGAGGAUUAUAUAUUACAACAGUUUGGUAAUAUGGUGGACCAUAGUGGAAAGAUAGCUAUAGUGAGUCAGGCAUACAGCGGUCCAAUGGACCUGUGGGUUCUUGAAGAUGUCAGCAAAGAAGAGUGGUCAAAAGUUGCUGCCAUAGUUCCUUCUAUUACAGAUAUAGUUGGGAAUGAUCAAAGAGUCAUUUUCAGGGGUAUACUUUCUACUGGUGAGAUUAUACUUUCACUGCUCCCAACCCCCAAGCCGCCCUUCUUUUUUCUCUGUUACGAUCCCAAGGAAAAAACUGCUAGAAAAGUUGUGAUUCAAGGAAUUGGAGAAGACUAUGCUGCUAUUAAUGUCUUUUUCGAUCACGUAGAGAGUCAUAUGGUUCUGUCGAAGCUAACUUAA